AAAAGGAAGUUGUUACUUUUAAGCAACUGAAUUUCUCUCUCCUCUCUCUAGAUCUUCUCAGAAUCUCCUAAAUACCUGUAAAGCUCUGAAUUCCACUCUAAACUAAAGUAUCAAAUUUUAAUGCCACUUCUCCCAGAAAACUAAAGGCACAGUUUCUGGGUAUGGAUAUUCUCUCAUACAGUGGUGCGCCUUGCUCUCAUGUAGUAAAUUUAAGGUUGGAAUUGAUUGUGAAGAGUUCAGAUUUGCAUCAGUCAAAGCUUACUUUUAGAAAACAUAAAUUUAGGUGCACUAAACUAAAUUCCAGAUGUGGGUCCUUUAGAUUGUACAAUAUAGAUCAGUCUCUCUUAAAGCAACACAGUCACCAGGGCCAUUUUAGGUCAUCAAGUACCCUUGGGGGCUUUAGAAAUGUUGAUUUAAAGGUCUCGAGUGGAAGCUAUGAUGGUUAUGUGAUUGAUGGUAAAGAGGAUGCAAGAGAUAUUUCAAAACCGGGAGAGUCAGAAACUAAGGUUGUAAUUCCAGGCAUGCCAGAUGAAUCUAAUGGUGAAUCUAGUGCUGCAGUCAGUAGUUGCUUUUGGGAAUGGAAGCCCAAGUUCAAUGUACAUUAUGAGAAAUCAGGGUGUGAAAAUGUGACUUCCCCACCAGUGCUCUUUCUUCCUGGUUUUGGUGUUGGUUCUUUUCAUUACGAGAAACAACUGAAGGAUUUAGGACGUGAUUUUAGAGUUUGGGCAAUUGAUUUUCUUGGGCAAGGCAUGUCAUUGCCAUCUGAAAAUCCCACUCCUGGUUCUAGUGAAAGAGAUACAUUGGAGAGGAAAGAUUCUGCUUGGGGCUUUGGAGAUGAAACUGAACCGUGGGCAAGCGAGCUUGUUUACUCUAUUGAUUUAUGGCAGGAUCAAGUUCGCUAUUUCAUAGAAGAGGUCAUUGGUGAACCAGUCUAUAUCGUUGGGAACUCCCUAGGAGGAUACGUGGCUCUAUACUUUGCAGCAUCCAACCCUCAUUUGGUGAAAGGUGUUACAUUGCUUAAUGCAACUCCUUUCUGGGGAUUUCUGCCUAACCCAAUAACAUCUCCUAGACUAGCAAAAAUAUUUCCAUGGUCUGGAACAUUUCCUCUGCCUUCCCGUGUGAGAAAGCUCAUAGAAUUUGUUUGGCAGAAAAUAAGUGAUCCUAGAAGUAUUGCAGAGAUACUCAGGCAAGUUUAUGCCGAUCAUACCACAAAGGUUGACAAAGUAUUUUCUCGUAUACUUGAGACAACACAGCAUCCAGCUGCCGCUGCAUCAUUUGCCUCAAUUAUGUUUGCUCCUCGGGGGCAAUUAUCUUUUGGGGAUGCUUUAUCGAGGUGUAAAAUGAACAAUGUACCAAUCUGUCUCAUGUACGGAAAAGAAGACCCCUGGGUGACACCUGUUUGGGGACUUCAGGUGAAACGGCAGGUCCCUGAAGCUCCAUAUUAUGAGAUCAGCCCAGCUGGUCACUGCCCUCAUGAUGAAGUUCCUGAGGUUGUGAAUUAUUUACUACGUGGGUGGAUCAAAAACCUGGAGACACAGGGUUCAAUUGCAUUACCCCUUCUUGAUGAUGGUGAAAGUAUUGACUACAGCAUUGCCAGGGAGUUGGAAUUUGUGAGAGAUGGAUCAAGAAAAUCAUUGAGUGUGCGUUUCUUUGGAUCCAAGUUCUCACUUUGGAACAGUAUAAGCUCUUACAUCAAAUCUCAAUUUGGGAAUACAGAUCUCAAAUCUUGAUACUGGCACCAACUUUGUCUUUGUUUUGAGCAUAAUGUAUAUCUGAAAGUGUACCAUGUUUGUCAUAUACCGGUGUAUUAAAGGAAUCAAUUAAUGUAUAUCCAUAUUCUUUCUACUUCAA